AGUAUAUAAGAGGGAACAUCUCCACAACCACAGCAGAUCUGCUCUCAGGAGGAGGAUAGUUUACCCGAAAAACUAGAGUCCAAACUCUGAAAAUGGAAGUAGAUAAGAAGAAAACACAAUUAGAGAAGUCCCAAAUUACAGACUGUGAUCUGUCUGAGAAGAUAAAGACUGUGACUAAGGAAUGUCAUGUCCGAGCCAAUAGCACAGAGUUGAUGCAGGCCUUCCAGAGAGGAAACAUCACCCUGAUGCAGUAUAAGCUCUUGCUGUGCUCCUUGUAUAAGAUCUACGAAGCUCUAGAAGAGGAACUGGACAGGAACGCAUCUCAAGAAAGUGUCGCACCAAUUUACUUCCCUCAUGAAUUGGCCAGGACUGAGACGCUGAAGAAAGAUCUGGAGCACUUUUAUGGUCAGGACUGGAGAAAAAAGAUUUUUGUUCCAGCCUCUACAUUGAGAUACACUCAGAGGUUGAGAGAGAUUGGCAGCGAGCAUCCUGAACGCCUCGUGGCUCAUGCUUACACUCGCUACCUGGGUGACCUGACAGGUGGCCAGGUGUUGGGCCGCGUCCCUCAAAGGUCUUUGGGACUGAAGAACGGAGAGGGUUUGGCGUUCUUCUCAUUUCCUGCCGUCAGCAGCCCGAAUCUGUUCAAGCAGCUGUACAGAAGCAGGAUGAACAGCAUCGAGCUGACAGAGACGCAGAGAGAGGGAGUGCUGGAGGAAGCUGUCAGAGCCUUCGAGUACAACAUCCAGGUUUUUGAUGAACUCCAGAACUUGGUGAGCAUCUCAGAGAAGAAUGAACUGAGGCAGAGAAACAAAACACACAACCUCAAGACACCAGAUGUCAGAGUGAAUCAGAGCUCAGCGCUGUCCUCCUCACUGACAUCCACUUCUCAGCUGCUCAGGAUGCUGCUCGGUGUGUGUUUCGUUCUGGCGGUCGGAAUGGGAAUGUAUGUAUUUUAAAUCAUAUGACUGUAUAAUGGUUUUAUUUAUUCAUUUAUCAAUAUAUUUGUCUAAUGUGCCAGAUAUUAGACAAAGAGGUGCAUGUAUGUAUGUAUGUAUGCAUGUAUGUAUGUGUGUGUGUGUGUGUGUGUGUGUAUGUAUAUACACACACACACACACUUACUAUUUCUUUCUCUGUGCUGCUGGAGGGUGCACUUUAAAAUCUGUCUUUCAAGAUAUUUGAUAAAUGAUGGUGAGAAACCAAAACUGAGGAUUAAAAUGUCUGGGUUACUACAGUACAUCUGUACAACUCUCAGGGAGAAUCAGCAAUACAAGAUGCCUUAUCUCUCACAGUUCUUUCUUACCCCUGCACUUUCUGUGAAGAGCUAGAAAAGAUAAGCCAUCAAAAAAAAUAAAAACAUAAAUGGUCUAUUGUAGGUGUCUGUUUAAUACAGUAAAAGAGCUCCUGCAUUAAAAACCGUUAGUUUAGUGACAGAAAGCUUCUGAGACGCAAAGUGGUCAAGGCUCUGGGUUGUUGAUGCUGCCACUGUUGGGCCAUUGAGCAAGGCCCUUAACCCUCUCUGCUCCGUUGGCACCGCAUCAUGGCCGACUUUGCGCUCUGACCACGACUUUCAAUGCUGGUAUAUGUGAAGAAAGAUUUUCACUGUGUGUAACGUAUAUGUGACAAAAAUAAAAACUUCUCCUGUUU